GGGCUGUGAGAUACGUUAACCAUUUCUACAUAACGAGCGUCUGCACUUUGUCACCGGGGACGCUUCCUCCUCGGUCCCCCACCCCCCAAGAAACUUAGUGAAUUCGCCGCGGGCGAUGUCAGAUAUUGUUGUUGUUACAGAUCUUAUAGCAGUCGGUUUAAAGCGGGGAUCUGAUGAGCUUCUUUCUCCUGGUGUCAUUAACGGACCUUCUACCAUGAACAAUUCUACUCCUUCUGCAGGUGUGUAUGCUAAUGGGAAUGACAACAAGAAAUUUAAAGGAGAUAGACCUCCCUGUUCGCCUUCCCGUGUUCUCCAUCUUCGCAAAAUUCCAUGUGAUGUCACCGAAGCAGAGGUCAUAUCAUUAGGUCUACCAUUUGGCAAAGUAACUAAUCUUUUGAUGUUGAAAGGAAAAAGCCAGGCCUUUUUAGAAAUGGCUUCUGAAGAAGCUGCUGUUACUAUGGUAAAUUAUUACACUCCUGUUACUCCUCAUCUACGAAGUCAGCCUGUUUAUAUCCAGUAUUCCAAUCACCGAGAACUUAAGACUGACAAUCUGCCUAAUCAGGCUAGAGCCCAAGCUGCACUGCAGGCUGUCAGUGCUGUCCAGUCAGGAAACCUGUCCCUUCCUGGAGCUCCUUCCAAUGAAGGCACAGUGCUGGCUGGACAGAGCCCUGUGCUCCGGAUAAUUAUUGAAAACCUAUUUUACCCUGUCACUCUGGAAGUUCUUCAUCAGAUAUUUUCUAAAUUUGGCACGGUCUUGAAGAUUAUCACCUUUACAAAGAAUAAUCAGUUUCAAGCCUUGCUUCAGUAUGCUGACUCAUUGAAUGCACAUUAUGCCAAAAUGGCUUUGGAUGGCCAGAAUAUCUAUAAUGCAUGCUGCACUCUGCGGAUUGACUUCUCCAAGCUCACCAGCCUUAAUGUGAAAUAUAAUAAUGACAAAAGCAGAGACUUCACUCGCUUAGACCUUCCGACUGGUGACGGUCAGCCAUCUCUUGAACCUCCUAUGGCUGCUGCUUUUGGUGCACCAGGUAUAAUUUCUUCUCCAUAUGCAGGGGCUGCUGGAUUUGCCCCUGCCAUUGGAUUUCCUCAAGCUACAGGUCUGUCUGUCCCAGCUGUUCCUGGACCCCUUGGUCCUCUCACACUCACCUCCUCUGCUGUCACUGGAAGGAUGGCCAUUCCUGGGGCAAGUGGUAUACCAGGGAAUUCUGUUCUGCUUGUCACCAACCUCAAUCCUGAUUUUAUCACACCGCAUGGGCUUUUUAUCCUUUUUGGGGUGUAUGGUGAUGUACAUCGAGUGAAGAUCAUGUUUAACAAGAAAGAGAACGCCUUGGUGCAGAUGGCCGACGCCAGUCAAGCUCAGCUAGCAAUGAAUCAUCUAAGUGGUCAGAGACUUUAUGGAAAAGUACUUCGUGCUACACUGUCCAAACACCAAGCAGUUCAGCUCCCUAGAGAGGGACAAGAAGACCAAGGUCUAACUAAGGACUUCAGCAAUAGUCCUCUGCAUCGUUUUAAAAAGCCCGGCUCAAAGAACUUCCAGAAUAUCUUUCCACCAUCAGCCACUCUGCAUCUUUCCAACAUUCCCCCUUCUGUUACAAUGGAUGAUUUGAAGAACCUUUUCACAGAAGCUGGAUGCUCGGUGAAGGCUUUUAAGUUCUUUCAGAAGGAUCGUAAGAUGGCACUCAUUCAGUUGGGGUCUGUGGAGGAAGCAAUGCAGGCCCUUAUUGAGCUUCACAAUCAUGAUCUUGGGGAGAAUCACCACCUCCGAGUGUCUUUCUCAAAGUCCACCAUCUGAGCUCUCUGAAUUUUCUCCUUCAACUGGACCAUAAUUUCAGUAACGUCUUCAGGCAUGGACUGAAGCAGCUCGAGACCAAUUCUGCCUCUUUCACAAAAGUCACUCUUGGGGAGUUUGUUUGAUACUCAAGUACAUUCAAAACAAGA